AUGUCGGCGACCCAGCCUCUGGCUGAGGAUGAACGCAGUCGACCUGAAGAGCCGUUAGUCGCAUCAUGCACGGCACGCGUACUGCUUCUGAUUGAUAUCGCCCAGCUGCCUGCCGCGGCGGAAUACGAAACGGGCGCCAACGGAGCAUCUCGGAUUGCGGCUGCUGCCGUUGUCGAUGGCCUACAGCUCAGCGUCCUCCGGGUGCUCUCACAGCUCUGUCUAUCGUGCUCCUCGAACUCGUGGGUGGAGUGGGCUCCGCGAUUCUUCGAUUCCCGGAAAUGCGGAGUUGGGAAAACUCCCGCUGAGCUAAAGGCUAGGCUGAGAUCAAGGCAGGCGGCGCAGAGUGUGAGAGGGUUCAGGAGAGUCACCCAGGGUUCGUUUAGGGCGUUCGGGGAUGCCUGCCUUGCAGUGGCCUGUGGGACUCAGGGGGACCCGCUUGCCCGUGACCGGGAGAUAGCCUUGAGGCGUUGGGCUCGUGGGCAGAAGAAGCACUCCCCAACUUGGAACCAGCCACACCGUAGCGAGCCAGUGGCUGCUGUGAAGAGAACUGCCGCUACGGCAGGCGACGCGGCAGGCGACGAAGACUUGAAGGAGGAUAUUUCCAAACGAAUGUACGACGGACACGAUAUGUCAAGCCACGAAGUUGUGGUGCGGUCUUUGCUAGAGGUGCUCCAGGAGUUCGACGAUGCAAGCGAGGGCGACCGAACGGCUGCCCCCUGUAUCGCUAGAGCUACUGAUGACCGGGUCAACCGCAUGCACCAGCUUCUCGUGCUGCACAGUGCCUUCCCCCACGCGGACAACGAUGCUCAGCAGUUUGUGCUUGGAGGAAACUUCACGAGUGAAGCAACAACCAUCAACAACGUCGAGCUGCCGGACGAUAAGGCUUCUGCUCUCGACAAUCUGCUCAAUGGGCACCUCGGCAAGGCCAUCAUUCGAGCUCGUUCGCUAGGCGUGUCGUUUCUGUGGCAGGAUGGGGCCCCAAGCAACGCCGUUGGUGGCGGUGACAACGGGAGGGGGGGGGCAAGCCGAGACCGGUCUAUCGUGCGUCGAUGCUUGUCUGCAGCAGGCAGCUCGGGUAUCCUCCAUUGGGGACAGGUAGUGGGAUGCACGGGCUUGUUGCCCCCGUCUGCAGCGCUGGGACAGCAGCUUGCACCGCAAAGUGCUCGAUACCGGGAUGCGGAAAUCAGGAAGGGCGGUGAUGUGCAAGAGCGAGCGGAUAAUGCUGUCGUGGCUGUUGCUCUCAAUCAGCGUGGAGUCGUCGACUUGCACCUCGUGGCAUCAAAGGUGUCGGGCUUUGCCGACCCAUGCGAUUUAUCCAUGCUCUCGGGGGGCGGCGGCGGUGCGAACGCGGCGUUACCACCUUCAGUUGAUGGCACUGCCUCCAAUGUCACCCCUUGGCGGCUGAUGGGAACGAUACCGGUAGACGAAGUUUGGCCUUCCAGUCUGUUGGGGCAAGGGUGGGGAACAACUCGAGUACUAAAAGUGGAAGGUGGGCGUGGUGCACAGCUAUGGCGUUGCUUCCUGAGAGACUUGGUGGCAGGAGAGUUGGCUGGGGUGAUCGCUCUUCCGCGGCGACUGUUUGUGUGCGAUGCGCAGCCGAACAGCGGCAGCCUCGGACGAGAAGGAUGCCUUCCCGAAGCCCUGACCGUGGCCCUGCUGGUACCGGUCAGUGGGGAAUGCGCCGUGUGCUUCAGCGCGCGGGGAGUGGAGCCUACGGUCCCGGGUGGAGAGGAGGCCGACUCUGGGCCACGUGCUCUUGACGGGAGAGGCUCCACGGGGUUUACGCACGAGGAGUCGCCUCUUGCAGCCCACGCGUGCGACGGCCGAUUGCGAGCUGAAUCAGCGCUCUUGGGGAGGGGGAAGGAGGUGGGGCUUGCCAUGCAGGAGGCGUCGCUCGCCAGGAAGAGGCGUCGUCAGGCCAAAAGCUUGCCGGGGAAGGGUGCACGUGGAAUGAACAACUCAGGCUCAUCGCUUGCGGGCGUGGACGUGCAGGGGGCAGGGUCAGGUGGUGGGCGCUCAGCAUCGCUCUCGCAGAGAGACUCCGGUUCGCUUUGCUUCACGGCGGAAGGCGCGAGUGGGGACGGAGCGGCCGCGUGCGACGUGCGGCAAUGGCGGUUGGAGAUGGCCUCUGUCACUUCUCACGGCUCUGCCAGCCCACGAGGCCUCCGGCUGUUCGCCUCGACUCCUGGAGGCGCAGAGGAUGACGAGCAGAUGUCGUCUACAGGGUCGAGCUCGGGGGGACCUAAAAGAGCGCUCUGUCAGGCACUCGAGGACGCCUCAUCUCGUUCCUCUUUGCUCGGUCCCGACGCGGACUCGUCCUCAACGCCGGAAAGCAAGGACGGGAGCGGAUGGAGCACGGGAACAGCAGCUGAUGCAACGGUCUCGAGACAUCGUGGUCAGAGCGAGAGCGUGUUUCCCCCCGUCGGCAACGCGGGCGAGGAUGAAACAGGCUUGUUGGACUCGGAUGACGGUACCGCGAGCGAGCUUCCGUUGUCUCUCGUGUCCGAGCCAGCGCUGGCUUCCAUACCCAGAAGAGUGCUUCCAGCGGAGCUUGCUGCUCUGGCGAAGCGGUGCGCGCGCAGCAAUGCAUGCUUGGCGCCGGCAGGAGAGGCCGGGAUGGCGAACGCCUCCUCCAGUGGUGGUGCCUGCGUUCGUACGGAUUUAGGCACAUUGAAGUCGCGAAACCCAAGCCCGCAGCAGGUCGGGGCACGCCAACGCUUUGUCGAAGCCGUGCGGGCCUUAGAGCGGAGCAGGCAGGUGGCAGAUUCCUCUACCGCUGUUUCAGCAGUGGCAGCUUGUGCAGCGGAGGAAGCUGCCGUUGGACUUGACGUGGAAGCGAAGGACCCGCUGGACCAGCGGUCUGUUCCUGGGGUGCAAGACAGCGUUCGUCACGCGACUCAAUUGGGAGGGCAGAGCGGUUCGGUGGAGGGUAGCAGGGUCGACCCUCCGGAUGGAGCAAGUUGCCCUUUCGAGGGUUCUAUCAGGAAGGGGGUUGCGGGGCUCCAGUUGCAGUACCGCGAAGUGGUGGAGGGUGGGCAAAGGUCACCUGUGGACUUCGUCGUGCGUACCGUGCCAGAGGCUAUUCGUGACAUUGCGGACUGCGGCAAAGACGUCAUCAGCACCGGUCACUCCACAGACGAUCAGCAUACGCGAGCAGCACAAGUGUUGGCGGCGAUUGUUAGCGGCCUAACUUCAACACCAUCGGAGCUCAGGGCCAACCAUAGAGGCAGAAGAAGCGCUGGGGCAUCGGUGGAGGGGGGCGGGGCGUCGGCUGCUGCAGCAAAACCUGCCGUCCAAAAGAUCCGCGACUACCAGCUCCAGGCGCUGCUGCUCUGCCAAGUCAACAGCCUUGCCAUGGACCUUCCCGAGACUCCCGACUCCCUCGUUGCCUUCUCUGCACUCGCUUCGGGAGAGAUGGGCGACCCGACUGACGACAAGGGUAGAAAGAGCAAGGGCAAAGGGAAGCGGAAAAAGCGCAAGCGGAAAGGCGGGCCAAGCAUACCAGCACGGCCGUCUGAUCCACUUCCGGACUGCCGGCGUAUGCGGCUCGUGGACUAUCUGCAGCCCAUCUCUACAAUGCUCGAUGCCUGCACGGUGACGAAGCCCCCCCCCCCUCCCGACGACGGUGGCAGAGCGAAGGUCGACGGGGGGGUGGGCAAGACGAAGGGGUUUGAAUCUCGCGCUUAUGACGGAACGCUUGCGGACUUCAUGGGGCUCGCGCUUGUGGAGCACUUUGCAGCACGGUUGCCACGCACCCUGGGCGCGCUCUUCGACGACUUCGAAUGCCACCCACCGGAUGCGCUCACCACCGUAUUGACAGGGGCACCACCAAGCGACAGCUGUCUUGAUACCAGCGGAGCCAUAGCAGAAGGGGGCGAGGUUGAGCAGGCAUCCUCGAAGGGGACUGAUGACGUUGUUGGUGGCUCGCACGCUGCAGCCGCUGGCGAGCUGUCAUCAUCGACAGCAGGAGGACCGCCUUCUAGCUGGAGAGGAAUCUCGUCAACGGCUGGUAUUCUACUGUCGGAUCGAACAGCAAUGUCCCACAACCACUUCAAAAUGUCAGGCGUCCUCAACGGCUUCCGCGAGGUGAAGCUCAAGGGGCCCACCGCGCCCCGUGGAGGAUUCCGCCAGAAUGUUUUGGGAAGAGUGUCGGGGAACGACCAGGGCGAGCUUGCCGGGUCGGGACAAGACGGAGAAUGGAGGAGGAGCAAUGGCGGGGGUGGAGGUAGACGUGGUGGACGGUCACGGGCAACGAGAGACUCCAAUCAAACAUCAGGACCAGGGAAACACCCGCAAUCGCCCGCUACUAAGCCUCCACCUAUGGUGGGUGUUCGGCACUCUCCCCGGCUCAACCGCAAACGCCCGGGCGCUGACACCGAUGAGAGUGACGUCGUUCGCACGAUACCGGAGACUGCUGCCGCAUCUGUAUAUACUCCAACUCGCAAGCGGCGACCGGCAGCCGCGGCCGUGGAAAAUGACAGCGACAUUGCUCGAACUGGAGGCGGCGUGCUCGUCGGCGAGACUCCUCGCAAACGGCCGGGGACUGGUGCCGAUACCGCUCGUUCGUCAAGCCGGCGAGGUGGCCGCGCAGGCCCGACCGCAACAGCCCACAACGUCGCUGGCGCGGGACCCUCGUCGCCGGUCGCCUCGGGAACGGGCUCCCGAAAACAACCGUCGAAGAAAGAGGGAAAGAUCAUUCCCGAAGAGGCGCACAUUCCCUGCAGUCCGGGCUUGCUGAUGGCUUCGCCGGCAGCUGCCCCGACGAAGCGGCGACGCGCCACAGCCUCAGGGCCCGCGAGCCCAACCGAGAGUCUUUUCGUGGCGGAAUCGCCAGGAGCUUCGACGGGCAGUGCGCGCCGAAGCGGGCGGAUAGCAUCGUCGGGUGUGGCCGCUGAUCGGGACGGGGUAUCUCGCCAGCUCAUGGCGGAGAGCGCUGUUAGCCCGAGUGCAAGGCGCAGAGGGGGGGUGGUGCCGGAUACGCCUGCUUAG